AGAGAAUGUAACCAUAUACUUCACUAUAGAAAACUUUGUAACAUGUAUUGUCUAUACUUUUUAUUUUGUAUAGUUAUACUGUUUUGUUUGGUGUAAAGAGAUUUUAUCAACUCUCUGUUUCUUAGUUAAAUAACUGAAAACAAAAACCAAAAUGUCUUUCUUAUUAAUUGAACAAAUGCUGAAGAUGAAGACCACUCAGGUUUGAAGAUUUAUGUCACACACAAAAAGCAGCCAUAUGUUGCAGGAGUUUUUUUCUUGGCAUCUGCAUCGUUUACGAUACCUCAAGGACAUUCCUCCUUCCCUGUGGAUGUCGGGCUGUAGAUUUUCAAAAGAAAAAAGUAUUUUUCCAUUUGCCUACAAGCCACAUGCCCAUGGUUUAGCCCGAGACAUCACAGGCUACCAAUAUAAUGGAUCCUACCAUGAGAUUGACAAAGGACACCCUCAGUGGCCACAGACUUUCUAUCCAGUCACAAAUAAAAUUGAGGUCAAAAAUGGUGACUAUUUGCUUGGAAGAUGUACUUAUGAUUCAACAUCCAUGGAUUGUCCUGUGAAUGUGGGGGAGGUCGACUGGCAAUGA